AUGCCCUUCGGUCUAACUAUUGGAACGGAACGUGCAGUUGCGUUGCAGCAAUCCAUUCAAGAUGAACUCACAAAACGAGGAUACAGCCCGGACGCUGAUCCUGUUAUGGCUGAAUACAUCACCAUUAUGAUUAUCAACAACAAGACGGCAGCUCAAAUCACGAGUGAGCUCGAAGAUUUGAUUGGGAGCGACUUCAACCCCAGUUUCACGGAAUGGCUCUUCGAAGAAGCCGCAAAAGGCUCAACCGACUCCGAAUCCCUUCCUCAAUCCUCCCCUGCGAAGGCUGAUCUACCCACCGAACCCGAACCUGGCCCCUCUCGCGAGGUGCCACCGCCUGUUGAGUCAUCACGGACGCAGCAUACACCACGCAACGGCGUUUACCAGCACGCUCUAUCGCAAGCCCUCCCCUCCACCUCGAAUUCUGCACAAAAACGACCAGCUUCGGCCCGUUCUCCUUCCCCCAGCCACCCCAACAAGUCGAGACGGACGGACCUGCCAACUGGGCCAAGAGCGAUGUAUCGUGAUGGGCAAGGACCGAAUGGACAACAGCAUAACCCCCGUAGUUUGUUAGAUCGUGUUGGAGGACCUGCAGGGCGUGGACAGAAGGGCUUCCAGCGAGACGAAAUUCAAGCUCGUAUCGACAACAUCGUAAGCAAUGCACCCGACAUGAACAUGAUGGUGCCUCCAGGCUUCCCGGGGAUGGGCAUGGACAUAAACGCGAUGGCUGCUGCGAAUAUGGCCAACCCGUUGAUGCUGCAGGAAAUGAUGAUGAACCAGAUGGCGCUCAUGGCGCAGAUGGCCUCGUCGAUGGGAAUCAUCAACCCUGCUACUGGACAGUUUGCUGGGCCAGGGUUCCCAAUGCAGCAAGGAGGGAUGCAACCCGAUAUGGGUAUGUUCCCUCCUAACAUGAACAACGGGAUGCCUCAACAGCAAGGCAAUAAUGCUGUCAAUGGUGCUGGUAGAGGUAGAGGUGGUGCGAGGGGAGGACGGGGAACGGGUAGAGGGAGAGGUGGCUCGAUAGUUGGAAGCUCUGUUGGUCCUACUGGCAAACCUGCGAGUUCAGCGACAGAAACAGAGGCUCCUUGCCCAUCUCCUCCAGUUGAUACCCCUGUUCCCAUUGCUGCUCCAACACCGAUUGUGGCUGCCCCAACCCCUGCCUAUGCUCUUCCAGAACGUCCUCAAUCACCCACCCUUUGCAAAUUUGGCCUCAAAUGUACCAAUGCCCAUUGCCGUUAUUCCCAUCCUUCGCCUGUUGCCACCGCAGAGAGCGGUGUUGUCCUCAGCAAUGACCCUUGCGAGAAAGGAAAGGAUUGUAAGGACAAGGACUGCAUCAAGGCUCAUGUUAGCCCGGCCGUUUUGAACCCUAAAGCGGAGCAUUCCACACCUGCUGUGUCUGCCCCACCCCCACACGUCCAGCAUACCCCGGUGCCCUGUCGAUUUGGGGCUGCUUGUACACGUCCAGGAUGCACGUUCAGUCAUCCUCCUCGUCAGUCCCAGUUCGCCACCCCUUGCCGUUUCGGCACGGCAUGCACCCGCGCGCAGUGUGCGUUCCAGCAUCCUGAAGGACGCGUUUUGCCGGGUACAUUCCACCGCGGUUUGAACCCGUCAGGACCGAUGGUGGCAGUGCCGACACCGGAGACGGGAAGCAUGGGCGGGCCCAGUCAUCACAAGAGCAUGACAUUCAACAAUCCCAACGCAUCGAUGAAGGAGAAGCUGGAAAAACAAAUGAAGGAAAUCCAGGAGAAAAAGAACGAAGCCGAGAAGGCCAUCAAGGAGGCAGAGAGCAAAAAGGAUGGAGCAAAGCCUCUCUCCAUCGCUGCCUAG